AUGAGCGAAGACUCGGCGAGUAAGAUAGAAACCCGCAUGUCUAGCCGUCUUGAACAACUUGAGGACAAGCUGGAUAGCCUUAUAAACAGAGUUGGUCCUCAGUCACUGCACGAAACUACACCAUCCUCAACUUCAGAGAGGAAUAAUCGCUUGCCCUCUUUUUCAUCGACCGCUCCUGACACAUCGAUUCAAUUUUCGGCAUCGACUCCAAACGAUGCUGCCACACAAGCUAUCGAAUUCUACUUUAGGCAUAUUCACCGCCAACCUCUUUGGCUAUUCGAUGACCACUCCUUCCCAAACCCAGAAACGUCCGAGGACUUAAUCUGUGCUAUUCUAGCUAUGAGCACCAUCUACGGUGCAACGGAGUUCCAUGGAGAUGAUUCACAAAACCCCGACGUUUACAGCAAGACUGCUCGCAAAGGUGUCAUGCUCAAGAUUGCUGAGGGAAAUAUGACCAUCCAAAGUAUCCAGACACUGUGCCUCUUGGCAUACUUCAACUUCGUUUCUGGUGACAUUGCUAUGGCUGGCUUCGACAUCGCACUGGCUAAAAACAUGAUCCAGCUCAUACCCGACCAAGAUUCGAGAUCCAAUAGCUCAACCCAUCCACAAGAAAGGUCGAAGCUGUUUUGGAGCCUUCACUUUCUGAGCUUCACAUGUGGAGCUCCCGUCCUGUCACCAUCGAUACAAGACAGUAUUGACACACCGCGACUCUCAACCAUCGAAACUCAAAGUCCUCUCACGUCCUGCAUAGCAACUCCUCGUGCAUCAGCAGGUCAGCAUGAAACUCUCAUCGAUAUCUGGCCAGAAUCUCUCAAAAUUUGCGGUCUGUGGAGCGAUGUACGGUUGUACGUAGCUCGAUGCAUCGAAGGAUUAGCCAUGUAUCCAUGGAAGCCGGAUUCCGAUUACACGAGACUGUGUUUCAGAAUAAUGGAGUACGAAAUGGCACAUCCUUUAUCGCUAAGUUACAACGCAGUUAACUUCCCUGGGGUCUCCCCUCAGAAUGUUCAAGUCAAUCGGUUGGACUGGCUGCCGUGGCUUAGAGUCCAGGUGGCUUACCAUACCAUUCAUUGUGUGCUCAACCAUCCAUCCCUCUAUACCACGAUGACGGAUACACCCAGGGACAAAUUAGGAGGAAAUACCUUUUGGAGAUCAUCGUAUGAGAAGGCAUUGAGACAUUGCACGUGGAUUUCAAGACUGCUCAGAACAGUGGAUGAGAAGGGUCUUCGUCUAGCAGACCCGUUCUUUACACAAGCAGCUGCCAUUGCAAGCACAUUACAUUUGUACUGGACACGAACCAGUGAUAGUCAACUACAGGCAUCUUCUACGAAGCAUCUGGAGGUCUGUCGAAAGCUUAUCGGAGAGAUGGCGAUGUGCUGGCCAGUGUGUAGACGAAUUGUUGGUCAUCAACCCCUUCGCAAGUCUUUUGCUAAUAUCUAUGUCAAGGAAGAAGCGCUCAAUCGAUUUAUCGAAACCGCCCAUCGACGAAGGGGAACAGGCACCAACAGAGCUACCAUAGCAGCGACUAAAACAUCUCUCAUCUGGAUUUUGAUAGAUGUAGCUGCGCCUCAAUUUCCAAACUACUCUGAUCAACCCUCCGAAGGCAGAUACGCGUGGGGUGGUAGUUCUAGUACAGAUGAUGAGCAAGAACUACCACAUCCUGAGGUUAGCUCUCCACCGAUAGACAUGCGUGAAUCGACGGUUCACUAUGCAUCACCGCCCGCAUGGGUGGUGAGGAGAGCAGAGAGUGACUCACAGGUUGGGUCAGCGGAAGCUGGAGAUGGUGAGACGAUUAUGAUGCAUGAUGAAGUCGUGGGUGAUUAUGUUGCUGCGAAUAGCCUGGCAUGGGGUCCUUGGGAAAAUCUGGGUCCUAUGGGUGAGAACUUCUGUAUGAAUAUGGAUUGGUGGGAUAUGAGUCAGUUUUGA